AAAAACAAGUCUUAACAUGUUUUUGGAAUAAAAAAAAUAUAAUUUUUUAGGUAUAUAUUUUAUUAACAUAUAUCUGCUACAAACUCGUAAAAGUGAUCUGUGGCUACAAAAUAGUAGAAUCCUAACUUUUAAUUUAGAAGUAGUUUCAGUACAGUGAGAAUUAAAUACUUAAAUAGUAACUACUUGAAGUUGAAAAAGGAGGGACAAGAAUGGCGCCAAUUAAAAUAGAUCAAGGCACAGUUAUCAUAUUGGAUAUAGGGAGAAAUACCUCCGCGACUUCUGAAAAAGAAGACAAGUGUUUUUUUGUUUAUGCAAGAGAAUGCGCCGCUCGUAUAUUAGAGAGGAAAAUUUUAAGUCAAGCUAAAAACUAUGUUGGUGUAAUAUUACUAGGCUCCAAAAGCUAUACUGGAGACUUUAAACAUAUUGAAAUAAUCUUUGAGUUACAAACUCCUACCUGGCAAAUGAUUCGUAAUUUGCCUGAGAACGCUUCUAAGACUAAAGGGAAUUGGUUUGAUGCUCUCAUAGUAGCAGUUGAUCACUUUAAAAAUGGAGUACCAGGUGUGAAAUUCAUGAAUAGAAAAAUUAUAUUAAUGACCAAUUUUAAAAAUCCUUCACUCAUUGAAGAUGACCAAAUGAAUAAGGCUCUCUUUGGAUUAAAAGAAGAAGAAUUUGAAGUUGACAUUAUUGGGCCAAAUAUUUACUCUGAAGAUAAUAAAUAUAUAGAUAUUGAGUAUGCAAGAAACCUUGUGGAAGGCACCAACGGGGCGACAGCAACAUUUGAAUAUACCAUGAGGUACUUAUUGUACCAUAGGAAGAAAGCCACAAAUCCUAUUCCAUGGAAUGUUGACUUAAGUAUUGGUCCAAACAUCAAAAUACCACUAUCUGUUUACAUCAAGCUAAAAGAUGAGCCUGUUGUAAAAAAUUGGUUAAAGUGUGUAAAAGAUCCUAUUACCAAUACAGCAAGCACUACAGAAGGUAUAUUGAAGAAUAAAAUCUAUAUUAACUCUGAAAACAAAAGUGUUAUUGAUGAUUCAUCUAAUGUUAUAAAGGGAUAUAGUUAUGGCCAACAAAUCAUUCCAUUCUCUGAUUGUGACAAAAGCAUGCUUUAUGAGCCAGGUCAAAAAUCAUUGAAUGUAUAUGGUUUUACUGCUGCUAAUAAUGUUACCUGGCAAUGUUUAAAUGGUGAUGGUCUAUUCUAUGUAUUUGGCCAAAAAGGUGAUAAAAAAGCCCAAUUUGCUGUUAAAUGUUUAGCUGAAUGUCUGCAUGAAUUAAAUCUCAUUGGAAUUGUAAGAAGAGUUUACAACAAUGGAAAUGCACCAAAAAUGUUUGCUCUUAUGCCUAUCAUUGAUGCUAACUAUGUAUGUCUAUCCAUGGCUGAAAUAUGUUAUAAAGAAAAUUUAAAAAAUAUAACAUUUCCUGUAACUAAUAUUAAGAAGUUUUCAAUUAAUGAUGAACAAGUACUAGCCUUUAAAAAUUUAAUAAAGUCUAUGGAUUUAACUAAAGCUUAUGAGGAAUCAGAAUUUGAUGACACUGAAGCAUUUCCAAUUGGAGAAACUGUGAGCCCAUCAGCUCAAUAUGUUCUUGAUUGCAUUGCAUAUAGGGCAAUGAACCCAGGUAAACCUUUGCCCUCUGUGAGAGAUGAUAUAAAUAUGCUUUCUCAAAUACCUCCACUAAUAAAAAAAAGGUCGAGAGAACCAUUGGAGAAAAUUAAAAAACUUUUUGAUUUAAAGAAAGUUGAACCGAAAACAAAAAAGAAAUCAUUACCAAUGGAUGAAGAUGAUCAACAAAAUAUUGACAACAAUAAUGAUAUUAUGGAUAUAGAUGAAAUGCCAAAAAUUAAUAUAAAUCAUCUAGAUAAAUCUAUCCAUGAUAUUAAAAAGGUUGGUACAAUAGAUCCACUUGGAGAUUUUAAUAUCUUAAUCAGACAUGGCAAGCCUUUUAUUGAAUUAGCAAAAGAAAUGACUCAAGCCAUUGAGAGUAUAAUAUAUACCAAUUUUGAUAAUAACUAUGAUAAGGCAUUUGAAGCAAUGGCUCAUUUUAGAGACAAGUGUGUCGAACUUGACCCAACAGAAUAUAAUAGUUGGCUGAGGAAUUUUAAAAUGGAACUCAAUUUGAGGAAAAAUGAUAUUGUUUUAAAUUUGAUAACAAAUAAAAAAGUAGGAUAUAUUCUGAAAAAUGAAAAUGAAGAAAGUAUGUACGAGAAAGAUGAUGCAGAAAGUGAAUUAUAUGAAAAUGACACUGUACCAGAGCUAACAGAAGUUAGUAUUAGUUCUCAAGUUAAUAAUAUGUUUGAUGAUAUUUAAAGCUGUGUUUAUUUAUUUCAUACUGUUAAUAUGAUGUUAAGUUAUGUUAUGUGAUUAAAAAUGAUAUUUGCCUA